CGAGACCGCCUGGCCAAGUCGAACCGUCUCCAGCAGGACAGUCACGUGCCACCAGUGAUAUACGUACCCAAGCUGAAGUCAUUCCAGUCGAAACAGCAGGGCAUAUUGAGGUUCGCACUACCACAGCACAGUUCUCGCAAACGACACAUCACAACCCGUCAAGAUGAUCUCCCAACCUACAAAGGCAAAUGUCCUCCUCGUUGGUAGCGGUGGUGUAGGCACAAUGGGUGCCUACGCCCUGGAGACCGGAGGCAAGGCUGAGGUCACCGCCGUGCUGAGAUCGAAUUUCGAUGUGGUAUCCAAGCAAGGUUUCUUCAUUGACUCUAUCGAGCACGGAAACUGUAUCGAAGGCUGGAAGCCAACAAAACUGGUCAACAAAGUCCCAAAUGUGGCGGAAGAAGGCAUCAAACCAUUCGACUUCAUCGUGGUAACCACGAAAAACGUUCCCGAUGUUAAGCCAACCGUUUCCGAGAUCAUUGAGCCGGCUGUGACUCCAGGCCACACUGUCAUCGUGUUGGUCCAAAAUGGGCUGAACAUUGAAAAGCCCGUCGUCGCCAAAUAUCCGAGCAACGCCGUACUAUCGGGUGUCUCAUUGAUUGGAGCGACCGAGACCUCUCACGGCAAGAUUCGACACGACGACAGCGAUGCGGUCAAGGUUGGACCGUACAAAUCACCAAAUGUGAGUCUGGAAGAAUCCGAGAAAGCUGCCAAGGAGUUUGUCGACAUCUAUAACGCCUGUGGUAAAGUCGAUGCACAAUUCGACACCAACGUGCCAUUCACGCGAUGGAGGAAGUUGAUCUACAAUUCGUCUUUCAACUCGGUAGCCACGAUACUACGUAUGGACACCACUCGGAUGAGAAUCUCGGAGCACGUCAUCGAUACCUUGAUCCGGCCAGCCAUGCUGGAAAUCAAGGCUACUGCUAAAGCUGCUGGUGUUGAGUUGCCGGAGGAUAUUGCAGAGGUCAUGAUCAGGAUCGAUCCCAAGGACACUUUCUUCAAGCCGAGUAUGUGCCAGGAUAUUGAGAAGGGUAACUAUAUUGAGUUUGAGAACAUCGUAGGGGAGCCAAUGCGCGAAGCAGAGAAGCUUGGAGUAGCUACGCCAGUGCUAAAGACAAUCUAUGGCAUUUUGAAAGGGUUGCAGUGGGAGACGAUGGAGGCCAAAGGACUGGUUGUCCCCAAGUGGCAUGAAGGAAGCUUGUACGGCUAGAACUGCACUCCCAUUAGAAUUGUAUAGAGCAUACUGAGGGGGCCAACAGAACGUUCACCACCCAAUACGCCUCUAAUACCCCCGAACUCUCUACCCAGGCUUGCCAAUGCGUAACAGUUGCCAUGACUGUUGAAAGAGGAACUGAUUUGUUACAUAGG